AUGACGUUGGGUCUGAUCAAUGCCAACCCCGUGGUCCACACUAUGAAGGAAAGGGUUGCUUGCACCGAUGAUCUCCACGCUGACGACACCAUCGAUCCUCUCGAUAUCUAUGAUUUUGUGAGAGAUAUUAGAGAUCCGGAGCACCCCUACUCGUUAGAGCAGCUCAACGUGCUUUCGGAAGAGUCGAUUAUAGUGGAUGACAAGCUUGGCCGUAUUCUGAUAACUUUUACGCCGACGAUUCAGCAUUGCAGUAUGGCAACAGUGAUAGGUCUGUGCCCGAGAGUUAAACUGAAACAUUGCUUCCCUCCUCAUUACAAGGUCCGUCAGUUUGCUAUGUUAGAGAUUUUGGUGCGAAAAUAUGUUCCAAUUAACCCAGAUCAUGAGAUUUGUAGCAUUACUCUAUUACACAAUGGCAAAAAUUUUAGGGCGUUAGGCACAUGUAUUGGAGCUAUUAAAAUAAAACAAUAA